AUGCCAUUAGAAUAUCCAGCUGGUUGUUCGCCUUUGAGUCGCGAUGAACUUGGUCGAGAGUUACCGUCGGAAUAUUUGCCCAGAUGUCCUGCUGUGCUUCUCGCUCAUUGUGGCUCUUUUCUGGAAUCUAUUCUGUUCUGCGAUCAUUUCAGCGAUUUGAGAUCAUCGUUAAUGUUGAGGAUUUUCGUCGAUCAAGUUUGUCGUUUGGAUCUAACAUCGAGCUUUCUCGAAGAUUUGCGAACGCAGCAGCUUCAGAAGCAAGUUGAGCUGACGGCUACAGGAACAAGUGCUCCAUCUGCGGCUUUGGCCCUUGGUCAUCGAUAUGUACAGUCAAUGCUAGAACUCGAAAUCCUUUAUGAAACCGAUGACCUGCACGAAAUGCAGAUGUUUAUACUUUCGCAAUUAGAAAUUCUCUUCGCUCAACUACCUCUACAGGUUCAAAACACCUCUGUUGUAAGUCCAUCAGACGCCUGA